ACCUCCUGAGCCCGCGGCCGCACGCCUCCACCCGCUGCCAGCCGACGACUACGAUCGGCGGCGGCGCCCGGGUGCGGCGGCGCCUCGGCUAGUCGGCUCCCCUGAUCUCCCCCUUCAGGAAUGGACGGCCAGGCUCCACCUCCUCUCGACGCUGUAGCGCGCGAGCCACUCGCAGUCGCCGCCGAGCUCCCGCCGCCGCCGCCUCUCGAGGUGGAGGACGCCCUAACCCCCGGUAUGGACGGCCAUGCUCCGCCUCUUGACGGCGUCUCGCCAGGUCCUCUCACCGUGUCCGACGAGCUGCCUCCGCCUCCUUCGCCGACGGGCGAGGUGGAGGACUCCCUGCCCGUCGGGCCCGACACCGUCGACGCCGCCACUUCGGGUGUGCCCGAGGCUGGCACAGGUGGCGUCGAGCUCACCGACGAGCUCCGUGAUCAGAUAGUCAAGCAGGUGGAGUACUAUUUCAGUGAUGAGAAUCUUCCUACCGACGAGUUCCUGUUGAAAUAUGUGAAGAAGAACAAAAAGGGCUUUGUUCCUAUCGAGACUAUCGCAUCAUUUAGAAGGAUGAAGAAACUCGUUCAGGAUCUCUCAGUAAUUGCAGCUGCACUCAGGACAUCACCAAAGCUGGUUGUAAGUCCAGAUGGGAAAAGGGUCAGGAGGUUUGGUCCAUUGCCACAGAAUGAACUGAAAGAUUCAAAGAAAAGCACAGUUUUGGUGGAAAAUCUACCUCCAGAUUUCUCCAUGGAGAGUAUACAGGAAAAGUUCGGCACAGUUGGCAAAGUUGUGAAAAUAACAAUUAAUGAUCCAGAAUUAGUGAAAGAAGAUUCAACUGCUAAGAAGCCGGCCUUCAUUUUAAGUAGUAAGGUUCAUGCCCUUGUUGAGUAUGAAGCAGUUGAGGCCGCUGGGAAGGCUGUUACUACCUUAAGUGAUGAGAGCAACUGGAGAACUGGGAUGAAAGUCAGGCUUCUGUCAAAGGCAUCAGGAAAGCAUAGCAAAUCGUCAAAAGAAAAUCAGGAUACAUUUUCCAAAAAGAACAUUCAGAAUGAGCAUGGAAAAGAAGACCAGCAAACAACCUUGGAAAAGAACAGCGUCGGUGAUUCAGUGGAGGGUACUAAGGACAAGGAAAAUUUGAACUCUUCUUUCACCACUGAGAGUGAGCAGCAACACCAAAAGCCGAAUCCUAAAGGAGGGCGAAAAGGCCAGUACAAAGGUCAUGGUCAGAUUCAGCAAAAUACAAACAAACAAGGUUCUGAGUCAUUAAACAAGCCUAUUCCUGGACCAGGAAUGCCAGAUGGAACAAAGGGCUUCACCAUGGGGCGUGGUAGACCUCUUCCACUACAGAAAUCUGAAAUGGCUGAAGAGUAGAACUACCCGAAGAUGCCUGUGAAAAACCUAACUGAAGACCCGUGUCCAGAGAAGCCUGGUAAAAUCUAACCGAGGACAUAUGUUUUGCCAAAAAAAAGAAACUCGCGUGAGAAUAUCGGAGCUGUUUUCUGCAUGAGAGAUGGAGCACAAAACAAAAGGAGUGACUUGUACAGAACUGCAGUUUUGUGUUGGAUCUUAAUUACACUCGUUCGGUGGUUCGUUCUGGGAAAUUUGGUUUCACGACUGUUGCUGCCCUUACAUUUCUGAAGCACCCGUUUCUGCUUUUCUAGGUGUUCUCUGAGAAAUUUAAUUGUGAAUGACAUGACAGUUAAACCUUGCUUGUUUUAUCCUGAUUUGCGGGCUGUCA